AAAUACGAAUUCUUUUACGCACCGCCACCACGGACCGCAACACAUAGAACCACGAGUUCAUUUGCGUGCCGGCCAUUUAGUGAGGGAUUCCGUCGCGAGACACGCUGCCUGCUGGUACAUUUUUUUAAAAUUCGAAUUAUAGCACACGAUAUCGAAAUGAGUGCUGAAACCGUUAACGCGUUGGUGUUCGACUAUUUGAACUCAUUGGAUCAGAACCUUGCAACCAUGUUCCAGACCAAGACCAAAGCCUCAAAACUGCAGAGGGGACAAACUAAAUUAACCCAGCUAAUUGAUGACCAUUUGAAGACUUCUAAAAAGACAAUUAAAUUACAGAAAAAAGGACCUUCUGUUGAUCAAAUAAUUAAAUUGAGUAAUGGUAAAGCAGCUGCCGUCGCCGAUGAAGAAUCUGAAGAAGAUAGUUCUGAUGAAGAAGUUGUUGCACCUAAACCAAAAAUUAAUGAAAAGAAAGGCAAAGUAGUAGAAAAAAAAGAAGAAAGUUCCGAAGAAGAUAGUUCAGAUGACGAUGAUGAACCACCAGUAAAGAAAGCAUGUAUUGCUCCUGCUAAGAAGCCGGCUGCUAAGAAAGAAUCUAGUUCGGAAGAAGAGAGCUCAGAAGAAGAGACUCCUGCUCCCAAAAAACCUGUUACUAAACCAGUUGUAAUGCCAGCUGUAGCAAAGAAAACUGCUGCAGAAGAAUCAUCAGAAGAUAGCUCUGAAGAAGAAAGUUCCGAAGAAGAAAAGCCUUCCGUCAAGAAAGUCCCUCAGGUACCUGUCAAAAAAGCCAAAGAAGAAAGUUCAGAAGAAGAAAGUUCUGAUGAGGAGGAAACUGUAGUUAAAGCUCCAGCUAAAGUAGUAGCUGCUAAGAAUGGAAAGAAAGAGUCUAGUUCUGAAGAAGAAAGUUCUGACGAAGAAGAUGCACCUGCAGUUAAAAAACCAAUUGUGCAAAAACCUCAAGAAUCUAGUUCUGAAGAAGAAAGUUCAGAUGAAGAGGAAACUGUAGUUAAAACUCCUGCAAAAGCCCCUGUUUCUGCAAAGAAAGCCAAAAAAGAAUCGAGUUCCGAAGAUGAAAGUUCAGAAGAAGAAACCCCAGCUACAACCAAACCAUUGAAAAAAACUGUAACUAAACCGGUUGUUGCUAAAGAAGAAAGUGAAGAAGAAUCUGAUGAUGAUGAUGAUGAUGAUGACGAAGAAGAAGAAGUUACUAAGACUCCAAAUAGUCAGAUCAAAAAUCAGCCGUUUGUUAAAGCAGCAAAUGGAGAUGAUGAAAAUGGUUCCGGCAACAAAUGGGGUGAAGACCGACAGGGAGGUUUCAGAGGUGGUAGAGGCAAUAGAGGCACUCGAGGAGGAUUUGGAUUCCGAGGUGGUCGUGGUGGCCGUGGGGGUUUCAACCGUGAUGAUGAUGAUCAAAAUGGAGGAGGAAGAGGUGGUUUUGGUCGUGGUGGUGGCGGGGGCCGUGGAGGUGGUUUUAAGCGUAAAUUUGAUGACUCCGGUGAUGGAGAAGGUGAAGGCGGUGGUUUCAGAAAGAGCUUUGGAAGUGGUGAUGAAAAUGGUGGAGAACGCCGUAGUUUUGGAGACAAAAGAGGAUUUGGUGGUAAUAGGUUCAGUGGUGGUGAACGAGGAGGAUUUGGAGGUCGUGGUGGUGGAGAUAGAGGUAGAGGAGGAUUUGGUGGACGUGGCGGUGGUGGAAGAGGCUUCGGCGGUCGUGGUGGUGGAGACCGUGGCAGGGGCGGUCGUGGAGGUUGUGACCGAGGUGGACGUGGUGGAGGUGGAGACAGAUAUUUCAAUAAAAGUUUUGACUCAAAUAAUUCAACACCUCAAAACAAAAAAAUUAAAUUUGAUGAUUGAAAAGGUCAAUAUGAAAAUUGGGGUAAGAAAGCUGCUCUAGACUUACAAUACACUAAAGGAAAAUCAUUUAGACAUGAAAAAACAAAAAAAAAACGUGGCUCUUAUCGAGGUGGA